UACAGUGUCUGUGUAAUGUAGAUAAAUGUGAGGAUUUUCUCUAAAUCCCUCUUCUGUUUGCUAAAUCUCACUGUCACUGCUAAAAUCAGAGCAGAUAGAGCCUGCGCAAUGGAAUAAAGUCCUCAAUAUUGAAAUGUGACAUUGCUCUCAACAUCUCCCAUCUCUCUGGAUUUCUUUUUUCUCAUUAUUACUGCUAACAAAUUCAUUUCCAGACUUUGCACUUUUAAGAAGCAAUGGAAAAAUUCAACAGUCUUUCAACACAAUUAUUUAAGUGCUGCUUUUGUGAUUUCUUGAAGGUGAAGAUGCACACUGUGUCCUACAUUCAUUUCUUCUAUUUUGGCCUGUGUUUGCUUACCUUAACCAAUUCUGCUGCUGCUGGCCCAGAGACAUUGUGUGGGGCAGAGCUGGUUGAUGCUCUUCAGUUCGUAUGUGGAGACAGAGGCUUUUAUUUCAGUAAGCCAACAGGGUAUGGAUCCAGCAGUAGACGAUUACACCACAAGGGGAUAGUGGAUGAAUGCUGCUUCCAGAGCUGUGACCUGAGGAGGCUGGAGAUGUACUGUGCCCCUAUCAAGCCACCUAAAUCUGCGCGCUCUGUACGUGCUCAGCGCCACACUGAUAUGCCAAAAGCACAAAAGGAAGUGCAUUUGAAGAAUACAAGUAGAGGGAACACAGGAAGCAGGAACUACAGAAUGUAAGAAAUCACCAUCCACAUGAGUGAAGAAUGAAUGUGCCAUCUGCAGGAUACUCUCCUGUAAAUAAAUUAUUUGUUAAACAUUGGAAGACUUAAAAACUAUUGUUCAACAAGCUUGAUGAAAUCUCAACCGAUGGGCAUUCUCCCAAUGAACAAUGCAAGUAAACAUUCCAAUACCGAGUCUUUAGGAGAGCAGAAUGUUAUAAACCAACCUAGUGCUAUAAAGCUUCUGAGGUUGAUAGAUUACUGUUUGAUUGUUAACCUGUUAUAAGUGAUCCUGCACAAAAACUCUUAAAGUCCUGUGCCCCUCAAAAGCCUGCAAAUUUAUGGGCCUUUGAUGGAUCCAAUUGCACUAAAUUAACCUAUGAACCCUGGCUGCUGGAGUCAUUCAUCAGCCUUGUUUAAGUGUUUUUUUUUAUUUGCACUUCUAUACAAGCAACAGGCUGUUUGCUUUACAGUGUCUGAUAGCAUUGUUUGUCUACCCCUUUCAUAUUUGCACAGUUUGACAUUCCCAGUAGCAGCAGCAGCAGCAAAGUAACAAAUGCAAUUUUUGGACAUCUAUUGAUUCCAUCUGUGGCAUUUUGACAGUAUAUAGGUUACAUGCAUCAAUUUUAAUUAUAGCUUUAUUUUUUGUCUUGCCAAAAUGCAAGUGGUUGCAACUUGUAAGAUACAUGAUUUUAGAAGCAGUUAAGCAUAUGUAUGCUCUCAAACCCUUAAUGAUUAUUCCAGGUAACAAACUGUUUUGCAACAGUAUAGGCAACUUCUUUCCUCCUCCAUAUAAUGCAGUAUGUAAAAUUUAGCAUAUCAAUAAUACACAUAUAUCAAACAGUAUGUAAAAUUCUGUUUUAUAGUACAAUGGUGCUAUUUUGUAGUUUGUUAUAUGAAAGGGUCUGGCCAAAACUGUAACAGGUAAAAGCAAACACAGAAAAAUCAAGCCAAAGAUGAAAUGAAAAGAAAUAGGUUUAAAAAUCACAUGUGCAUUUUUAAAAACAAACUUAAUAAAUGGAAAUUAUUUUCUCGCCUUCUAAAGGAAGUAAAGAUAGAAAUAAAAUUACAGUAGUUUCCUGAGAUUUGGAUUCUAAGGUUUAUGGAAAAAUGAUAGAGUAUUCUAAACACAGUCUCAUCAGGCUAUUGAAGUCAAUGGAGUAACUUCCAUGGACUUGAAAGGGCAAGAUUACGCCCCAAAACUCUAGGAAAUAUUGGGCAUUCUGCUCUAGUGUAUCAGAGGAUUAAGAAUACUCUUUGCUGUUUCAAUGCUUCCCACACUCCUGUGUGACUAAACCAAGUGUUAAUUAGGCUAUUGGAUUCCUCUGUAAAUCAGAAAAGCUCAUCUAAUCAAGGAAAACAACAGGAGGACCUGCAGAGAGGAGUGGACAGUGUAGUCCUUUGGACCACUACUUUACAGAUCCUUGAAUGCACCCAGAUACCCUGGCAAUAGGGCGAUUAGAUUAUAGACUUCAUCUUUAAUCUCACUGUUUUAAACAGCUUGCUAUGCUGAAUUUUUAUAAAUUCAUUCAGGGCUAAAAGAGCCUUGGAACAAGAUGUGUUGUGGAGCCAACGUUUUCCCAGAAAAAGGACACAAAUGUAAUUAAUGUGAGAGUAGCAUACUUCAAGGACAGAUCUACUGUCUCCCCUGCAUUUGACCAGUUACACUAAAGGGAUGGAGCCAUGGCUCCAGCAUCCCCUAAGGGAGCAGGGAGACCACCACGGCCUUUUUUUCUAGGAAAAAAGCCGGGUUAAACAGUUUUUUGAAGAAAAUAGCAAUGUAUUCCUCCUGUGUAGCCCAGUAAAAUGUGUUCUGUGUACCAGUAGCCAUGUCUUGGUCAUACAUUCAAUAGGUAUGCAUUGCACUAAAAAAAUAAAAAAGGGUAAAGCUAAAAUGGGCUGCCUGCCGUCACUGUGCAAAGUAGAUAUUUUAAUAAGGGCAACAAGCUAAAUGAGUCAGAUGUGGAAAGCUAAAAUAAGUUAUCACCUAUUCAGUUAGUGAGGUAUAUGAGUAUAUACCCCUAAACAAACAAACUAGUACAGCCCGGAUUACUUUUUAGUCCAAGAAAUGACAGUCUGACAUUCUGAAAUUUGCUAUAAGACUUCAGUUACGUCAUAGAAUAUCACUAAAAUAUGAAAGAAAAGACAGAAUUAAGUCUCACUGUUAAAUAUUAAAUGGUUUAAAAACUGCAGUCCCAAUGAAGUCAAUAUGGCUCUUGUUAUUUCUAUUUACUUCAGUGAUAGCAAGAUUGGAGUUGAAACUCAACAGCAACUAGCAUUAAUCAUUAACAGUUUUGAAAGGGAAGCAGAAAAAUUCUUUGCUCAGCAGCAAAAAUGUACAUCUAGACUGACAAUCACAUUUGUGCAAAGGGCCUGCACAAAGCUUAUUAUUAUGUUUUAUAUUAUGCUCAGUCAAAGAACAGGACUCCAUUGUAUGGCCCUGUGAAUCCAAAUAAUAAAGACCGUCUCUAACCACAAAAGUUCAAGGUCUAGGGGCCAGAUUCUAUUCUGCCUAUCAGACACAUACAUGGUACCUAAAUGCCUAAGUACCUAAAUACAAUUCUAUUACACUGCUUGAUUCCCUGAAGAAUAGUUGAUGCAAAAUGUGGGCAGUUCCUCCUCCUCACUACUUUUUUGUGACUUAGUAUUAUAGGCCAUGUGUAGAUGAAACAAGAGGCGUGUACGCAUGAUACUAAAGCAGGCUAAAUGCUUUUGCACUGCUUUAAUGGCAUCAGUGUUUGCAUGCCUUGGUGGCAUAUGCACAUUCAUUCUAGCUGAUGUAGGAAAUUUGGUGGUGUAAUGCACCUUAAAUGACUUGGGGUGCAUCAAACUAAAGUACUGGGCUCUGCGCAGCUCAGGGGCUCUGCAGGAAGCCCUGCAGGCAGCCUGGCAGCAGCCUGGGAAAGCAGCUUUGCCCAGGAAAAGCAGCAAGCCUGAUCCUUUUUUUCUACCCCUUGGAGCCUGCCUGCCUGCCUGAGCUGCACAGGGGCCCAGUGCUUUCCUCUGCAGCUGUGGUGCCCCCUGGGACCACUCAAGCUGGGUGCCUGCAGGCAGGUGCCACUUGCAGGGGCUGCCACUGCCAUGGAGGGAAGCACCAGCCCCUCCUCCCCCCCCCCCCCACAGCCCAGAGACCGCUCCGCCUGCCGGCAGCUCAUCCUCCCCUCCCCACUGGAGAGGCAGGUAAGGUGUGUGCACAACAUGGGGGUUUAACCAGCCCUAAAUUGAAACGGUAUUUUUUUAAACCCACCACUGCAAUUUAGGGCCCCUGUUUCAUUUAUACACGCCCAUAGGUAAGAUGAGAGUGUAUUACAAAAACAAAUGCAGUAAUUAAUUUUUGAGACUUGAAAACAGUGGAAUAGAAUUGCAUUGAGGUGCCUAAGUCCACUUAGAUGCCCAAUAAAUGUAAUAAAACCUGGCCCUAAAUACCCCUGUGAAGUAAAAGCAGGCCUUGCAUGGGCCCUUACGUGCAGAGGUGAAUUUCAUCCAUAAGCAGUAGCCAAAUGAAGACUGCCCUUUCAGUUGACACAUAUGAAUGUAGUAGGUCUCCACUACGCCAUGCAUAGUGGUUCAGUGGCCCAUUGUUUUGAUGAGCAAGUGCAAAAUAUAUGAAGUUCAGAAAAGAAUAUGUAGCAUAUUUGCUUUACCUGUUACUGAUUUGGCCAACAAUGCCAAAGUGGUGCUAUUGUUUUGUUUAAGAAAGUACUUGACUAAAAUAUAAAGAAAGCAUAAAUAUUUUUUUAAGAUAUAAAAAAUGGCAAUUAUAUAGAUAUGCUUAUUAAAAAUAGAAAUAUGUCUAGCCAUAAACUUUCAACUUUUUGCCAUACAGACGCACAGAAGAAAUUUGCUAAAUUAUUGGAGUUGGGACAGAGGUCAGCGUCAGAGCGCCACAAAAAUUCACAGGCUUUGAAACCCAAUGCUCUUAUUAAAGUCCAUAUUACAGGUAAAGGCAAGCAUUUAAACCAGGAGACAGUGGGUAUAAUUCAAAAUAAAUUACAGAUAAUGGAAGAUCCCACAUCACACUCAAGAUUUUUAAUGCAGCCUCUGCACUGAGUCAAUGGCAAGACUAUCUUAAAGUCAAUGGCAUGAUAUGAUCCAGAUUCUCAUUCAGGGGAUUAAUCACUAUUCCCAGGCCAGGUAUAGACAUUACACUUUUACUGGUAUAAGCGAUCAGAAACUGGUCUAUACUCAUAAUAUAACAGAAGUUGGGCAUACAAAACUGGUCUAUACCUGUAACAGAACAGAAGUUCAGCACAAAGACAGGUUUAAAAAUGGCAGAAUCCAGUCUAAGAUUUGUGCCCCCCAUCCGCACCAAAGCGCGAAUGUGUGCUUUGUUUGCUACAGAUCUAAACUACGCUGCCUACAGAAAGCUGCAUAACUUAGAUCAAUUCCACCUCAGGAUUUUUUAAUGUCUGUCCCUUGCCCCAGUUUCUCUUGAAUACUUUUUCUGUCUCACAAUUAAAAAGCCCAAACAAUUCAUAAGGAUUUUUCAUUUACAGAACCAUCUAAAGCAGUGUCCCUGAUCUUGUUAGGAAAUGAACAAAGUAUUUGCAAUGUGAAACUGAGGCUAUUUUCUCAUACUGAUUGAUUUCUGUGGGAAAAAGUUGAAAGAGAUGGCUAACAGUCUGUGAAUUUUUUUUAACUUUAUAUGGUCACUAUGAACAUCUUAAUGUGUAAAAAUGACACUUUUUUUUUUUUAUGAGAGUUAGUAAGUUAAACCCAAAUAGAGAUUCUUGAACCUAUAGGAUAGAUAGAAUGUUCUGAUGAAGUUAUAAUCAAUCUAUUUAAAAUGUUUUAUUUGUACUCUGAAAAGGAAUUGUAAUUAUUUAUUAGGCAUUCAACAUACACAGCUGGUUCCUCUUUUAAGAAUAGUGCUCAGUUCAAACAAGUCUUUCAAAUGCCAAAGUCUCUCAAAUACAUUUUUUCAUUGUUAUAUUUUUUAAAUGGCAAAUCUAGUUAAAUUGAUUUUGCAUCACUGUUUUGUUUUUUAAUAGAAUAAUCAGAGUUUUUAUUUUUGGCAUUUAUUAACAAAAAGUUUAGACUCUGUCUUGGUGUGGUUACUCACAAAUUAUCAAAUUUACCCAUUGAAAUACCAGUAAGAAAAGAAAAGGAAUCAAAGUUAUAUCUUGAAAGAGGAAAAAAUCAUAAGUGCAAACUUUCAUUCAUUUUAAUCCACUACACAUUUUGCUUGUCACAGCAUUGUAAUAUUCUACAGGACUAUCAUUGCCAAACACAUUAUGUGCUAUAAAUACAUUUGUUUCCGUCUGAUUUUACAUGAAAUUGGUUAUGCAAAUAUCUGAAACUUGAUUACAUAUAGUACAGUAUAGAGAUACCAGUCUAGCAGAGACCAAAACAAAAAGGACCUCCCAGACACUUACGUUACAUUAGGAAGUAUCAUAUCAGUUGCAUAAAGGGUGUGUGUAUAGUUAUUGUGCUUUUCUUUUUUUCCUAUUUAAUGAUUUGGCUUCUUGCAUAUGAACAAUUUCUCUUUAUGAUUUAAACAUUUUUCUUAUGGAUCCUUGUCAAUAACCCAGUUGGAUUAUAAUUUUGGAACAAUAUUUUAAAAUACAGAAGUUUAAAGGAAGAUCCUACACUCAUAUUUAAGGACCUAGCUAGGUUUGGAUUUUCAAGACUGUUGCACAACAAACCCCUCCCAUUGAAAAUAAGACACAAAUAUUUAGGCACUUAUAAGUAUAAGAACCCAAUUUUGAAAAUAUUGAUGUUUCAUUCCAUCUUUCUUCACAGAGUUUUAUUUUUUUUAAUGAAAAUUUGUCUCCUUCUUGUAAGCAUAAUUAACAUGUCUUCAAGACUUUAUCCUUUGCAUUCCCCCAAAACAUUAGAAAAAUAUAAGGAACUUAUUUUCUUCUGGUCAAACAUCCUAACUCACAGCAAUUUUACAACGGGCAAAAUGUAAAUUGAUGAAUCCCUACUUUUAAAUGACUGAUUUUUAGCCUAGGUCUAUUCUUUAAGUUUGUUCUGUUUUGCCAACUUGGCUUAUCCAAUUCAUCAAGACCGUUCAUAUGACACUUCUGCUGCUAGCAAUUCUGCUUAACACUCUUGUAGACAUCUGCAUCUAUGUUCAACCUCCACACAGUUAUAGAAUUGAAAGUUCCUGCUAAAACAAAUAGUACAAAUCCAGUUAAGAAAUAGUCACAUUAUUUCUAAUUUUAAUUUGAUUAAGAAGUUUAUAGAAUAAAAGACAAUACUAGUUAUAUUGUAUUCUAAUUUAUUGAUACCGGUCCAUUUCCUCCAUGUCAGAACAAAAGAAUACUUGUGGAACUGACAGAAUUUCCUUCUCUUUUGGAAAAAUUCAGUAAUUGUUGAUGUCCUUUUGUAUUAAACAGUUUAAACUGAUAAAUCACAGUGAGGAAUGAUUAACUGAAUCAAGCUCAGUUAUUAUAAUAAUUAUCAUCAUUACACAUUUUAAAACAGAAUUGAAUAUUCCAUUGUCUUUAAUUUACUGACAGCACUUUGCUAUUGUGGGAUAAAAUUAAUCCAUCAGCAAAGGCCCAGCAUAAAAGCCUACACACCACUUAAGUUCUCUUUCAAAGGUUUGAGACAUAGGCCUUCUGGUUGCUCAGUGCACAGUUAAUUUUAUUCUUAAUAUUUGUUACUUUAUUGCAGUUAAUCCUCCAGAUUAACAUUGAUAAAAGUACUCUACAAGAAUGAUGUUGUAAUUGUUAUUAUAUUCAUUUGAAGAGGGGCCUGCAUGAACUAGAUAUGCAAGCUACCUUGUAUAACUCAGUAAAUAAAAAAAAUAUAUCUUUUGAUUUAUUACUGUUCCUAAGGAAUUUGUACAAUUAGAUGUAUAAAAAUGCACCAAAAGAUGCAAGAAUGAUUGCGAUAUGUUUAUAAUAAAUCAAAGUGGUUACCUGAUUAAAAUUAGUGUAAUCAAACUAGAGUUAUAAUAUGGUCCACUGGUAUGCUUCAUUCUAUUAUGUAUAGUUUCCAAGGAAAGAUUCACAAGAUUCAUUAGUAGUAAAAUAUACUGUGUUGCUUUUUAUCAGAAUGUGGUGUUUCUGUUUUAUAUUUUCUUAAUCCCAGUAGCCUUUGGGGUUGCAUAUUAAACCCACUUAUCAUAAAGCCUAGGAAAUUUAAGAAUCAAAGUUACAAUACAAAAGCAAGCAUCACUAACCAUCUUGCUACUAACUCUUCAAAUCUUGUAUAUUCCUUGAAACUGACAGGCCACCAAAAUGUGCUGACACUAACACCACUUUUUUCUAAAGUGGUCAUUUUUCACAGAGAAAUAGUAACUACCCUGCCUUUGACCUCAGUUGAUAUCCUGAAUAAAACCUGGGUUUAUGUGAUGCAGGCAUGAAUGUGGACAUUUGAAUUUCUGAUUAUCACUACUGAUAAAAUGCUAAUUUAGCAAUCCAAAUAAUUGUUACCAAACAGUGGCAAGUGUGAUAUGUUCACUUUCGACCAGGUAAACUCCCUUCCAAACUGUUAACUGGAUUCGUUCUUUUUUAUUCUUCUGUGCUAUGUCAUUAUGCGAUGUCACUACUUGAUGACAAGUAAUACUUCAUACUGUGUAUGUAACAUCAUUGUGUUGCAGAACCCCCUCAAAUACCUCAACAAUGUCUUUGUUACGCUACUCUCCCCAUUUAGCACCUAUAAGCUUUUCUAGUUAUGAACAAUGAGUCAAAAGGAAGGAGCUCUUAAUAUGUGCAAAUAUAAAAGCUGAUAAAGGAUUCUUGCUAGUUUGCAGUUCAUGUAAUAGCAUUUUAGCCAUUUUCUUCCCCUCUAUGAGCAGUCUACAUUAGUAAACAUUGUUCCAUAAAUAAUAGUGUAUCCAUACUUCUAAAGUCUUUUAUAUACAUUUAUGGGGUAGGUCCAAAGGUUGGAAGAUCUAACUGACUGAUUUUCACUUUUAUCUACUACUAUGUUUUCAGUAAAGGGCUUUGUCGCUUGGUAUACAUAAAAGCUAAUGCACCCUUUGUUUUGUAGAAUGUACUGAAAUGUUUGCAACCCUCUUGGUAUCAGGUCCAAAAUGUGAAGCAUUACUGUAAGAGGGUAUCUUUCUAAUGUAUUUGUAUGUAUAGUUUACACCUCUGUGAGGUCUAAUAAAGGAUAAUGGUUAAUAACAA